UUUCCUGUCCGGAGAGAAAAAGUUUUGAAACCCCACCCUCUCCUGGCUGUAAGCAUAGACGUAGAAGUGGUUCGAGGUACUGACGGUGGCUCACAGACCGAGGUAGAGGAGUCUAAGAAGUCCUGAUGGAGUUAUUGCGCUGUUCGGAUACUGACCGUAACAACAAGACCAUCGAGCUGGAGCAGGACACGCGCUCUACCCACUGAGGAGCUAACUGGGCUUGUUUUACUGCGUGUUUCUCUUUGGAAAGUAAACAAGUUUGGAGAGCUCUUCCUGUUAUAGACUCCGCGGUUCCAAAGUUGUUUUUUUGAUUGUGAUAGAGCUCAGCUUAUUGUAUGCUACUGCUAAAACUGUAAGUGUGGAUACUUUUGCGCAAUGGGAUGCGGGAUUUCCUGCGGGAGCGCCGCAAAGUUGCGGUCAGACGCGGUUAUUGGAGAUUUGGUCUUAAUGAUGCGACCUGGCCAGCCCUGAAAACUUGCCUGCCCCUGAAUGCUCCUUUCCUGCUAUUCUUCUCCCCUUCUCAGCGCUUCCUGCUUGUGAUAGCCACUGUAUUUAAGGGCUAAAAAUACAUGAAAACUCUAAACGGACACCUAAAUGUUGGAGGAACUUUGACUUGCCGUUGCAGCACUUGGCGUAUUUUACAACAAGCUUUGGGACAUUUUAUUUUUGUGCUUAAUCAUUUACUCUUCAAAAUCAGAACUCUGCAGGUGGCAGUCUUCUAACUUAUUUGGGAAGAGAAGAGGAGAUUCAAGAGCCUCUUGAAUACAAGCUGGUGAAAUGCUAUUGUGCUCAAACCAUGUGUUGGGAAACUACAUACCAUAUCACUUGAACAGAGAGAAGAAGUUUAGUGGUUACAGUGCUGCCUUUCUGAGCGUGAAUCUAACAAUAGCAGUCUCUUGAUUGACUUUACAUUUUCAAAUAGAGAACUUUGCAUUUCAUGCCAAGAUGAAUGAAAGACACUUACCAUUUAGCUGUGUCUGAAUCCUCUUCCAUAGAACCACUUGUUGGUCAGUCUUUUGAAUACAUUUCACUGGUCCCUGAUGAACCAACAAGAAAGACAAGAAAGGGAGCGAGGCGCAAUAAAGUACUCCUUUGUACUUUAUUUUCAAACCCUUGGGGUGCAAAAUCAAAUCCAGUCAAAACAUCUUCUUGAGGCUCCAUGGAGCCGCUGAAGAACAUAUUCAGUCGUGGCCCACUGUCGACCUGGAAGAAUUUGGAUCAAUCACAAAAGGGGAACUUCACCAAUCCCGUGUGGACGGCCUUAUUUGACUAUGAGGCAUCUUGUAAAGAUGAGCUCACCUUGCGUAAAGGUGACCUUGUAGAAGUCCUCUCUCUGGACUCUGAGAUAUCAGGGGAUGAGGGCUGGUGGGCAGGUAAGGUCAACAACAAGGUGGGCAUCUUCCCGUCCAACUAUGGAUCCUUCAAGCCAAGUGGAUACGGGAAGCUUCCGGGCAGUGGCGUGGUUGAUGAGCUUGGCCCAGCCGUUGUGGGUGAGUUUGAACCUGAGGUGGUGGAUUUUCGGGAGUUAAGCUUGGAGGAGGUCAUUGGGGUCGGGGGGUUCGGGAAGGUGUAUCGUGGUACAUGGAGAGGCGAGCUGGUGGCAGUGAAGGCUGCCCGUCAAGAUCCAGAUGAGGACAUCAGCGUGACUGCGCAGAAUGUGAGGCAGGAGGCCCGUCUGUUUGCCAUGCUCACCCACCCGAACAUCAUCACCCUGCAAGGUGUAUGCCUGCAGGAACCCAACAUGUGCCUCAUCAUGGAGUACGCCUCAGGUGGGCCGCUGAGCCGGGCGCUGGCUGGUCGUCGCAUUCCACCACAUGUUCUGGUCAACUGGGCUGUGCAGAUAGCCAGAGGGAUGUUGUACCUGCACAGCGAGGCCAUUGUCCCCGUCAUCCACCGGGAUCUCAAGUCCAACAACAUCCUUUUAGCUCAGCCCAUAGAGAAUGAAUGUAUGGAGGGUUUGACACUGAAGAUCACGGAUUUCGGCCUGGCCAGAGAGUGGCACAAGACCACCAAGAUGAGCACCGCUGGCACCUACGCCUGGAUGGCCCCUGAGGUCAUCAAGUCCUCUACCUUCUCCAAGGGCAGCGACGUCUGGAGCUAUGGUGUUCUGCUGUGGGAGCUGCUAACUGGAGAGGCACCCUACAAAGGAAUUGAUGGACUUGCUGUCGCCUACGGAGUCGCUGUCAACAAACUUACCCUGCCCAUCCCUUCCACUUGCCCCGAGCCCUUCGCUCAGCUCAUGGCAGAGUGCUGGGACCAGGAUCCCCACCGCAGACCCAAUUUCAGCUCCAUCCUGACCCAGCUGACGGCCCUGGAGCAGCAAGUGAAGGAAGAGAUGCCACAGGACUCGUUUCACUCCCUGCAGGAGGACUGGAAGGUGGAGAUCCAGGACAUGUUCGAUGAAAUCCGGGCUAAAGAGAAAGAGCUACGAUGCCGUGAGGAGGAGCUGAAGCGAGCAGCUCUGGAGCAGAAGUCCCACGAAGAGUUCCUGCGGCAGCGCGAGCAGCAGCUGGCUCAGUGGGAGCAGGACGUGUUCGAGCGUGAACUCAGCCUCCUCAUCCUCCACCUGAACCAGAACCAGAACCAGGAGAAACCCAACGUCAAGAAGAGGAAGGGCACCUUCAAGAAGCACAAACUCAAGUCCAAGAAUGGCGAGAAGAUCAGCAUGCCCCAAGAUUUCAUCCAUAAGAUUACGGUGCAGGCAUCCCCAGGUCUGGAGAAGAGGCGGAACUCUCCUGAUUUGGGUUCAGGCUCCUCGCCCUCCUUUGGCCCUCGUUUCCGUGCAAUCCAACUCAGUCCCAGUGACAACAGUUGGACAUUUGGUCUAAGCCCGGUCUGGCCCCUAGAGUCCACUUCUCUUAAACAUGCCAAUGGAGACCUGAGGUUGGGGCCCCACUGGAGACCCCAGAGCCCAAAAAGCCCCAAAAGUCCCAAAGUCCUGCGCCUUAGUCCCCAGGAAAGCAGUCUGUCGAUGAGGGCCAAGCUCCUGGAAUCAGACAGCAAUGAGAACGGAGGGUCCAAGGACGAUUUUGAGGAAUACAGGCCCUCCACGCCAACCCUGCGAUCCUCAGUGAAGGACAGCCUGCGGCUUCCGCUACCUCAGGGAGACUCAGGCAGUGAGGAAGGGGGUUCUUCCCCAGCUGGCUCUCCCAGGCCUGAGAGGGGUUCCCAAGGUGGCCUGAGUAAGAGCACCCACCGAGCCCUGCUGGGCGGUGGCUCCCUCCUGGCCUCCAUAGGACUAGGUCGCUGUCUGGAUAUCCCCCCUAGGGUGCCCCCUCGAACAAACCCCCCUUCCUUAGAGGACCGCACCCCCUCAGAAAUGGAGAUCUCCUCCCCCAAGCCCCUCAUUUCAGAUCCUCCAGUAGUGGAUGAUCUCAUCACUUUCUCCACCUCUGAGCCACUUCCCAGACCACUAUUGGAUUUAGCUCUACAAUAUCAAGAACUGAAGCCCUUGCCUCUGACACCACCACCGCCACCAAACCCCCGUGAGCGGAGUAGCCGCCGGACUCCACAGACACCGCACAGUCCGCAGAGCCCCAGAACCCCCCGGCAGCAUGGCAGGGUCAGCCCAGGGGAGUGGAUCCCAAGUUUCCAAUCGACCAACGGGGAGCUGGGCUGUGAGGCUUGGGAGCACACAGCUGACAGGAGGAGGCGGUCCAGCCAAGGCCUACACGCCUCUCAGCUAGUUUUGGACCUGCCCUUGUGCCAAGACACACAGGACUCAGAUGACAAGCCUUCAGUGCCCUAUGUUCUUCUCCCCAACCCUGCUCUCUGCAGCCCAAAAACCCGCCGCCUGGAGGUCAGUGUCAUCCCCCGGCCCCGCCCGUCCCCCAUCCGCCCUCGCAUCGACCCCUGGAGCUUCAACACAGCAGGUGGCAUGAACUCAGGUGGGAGCCGCAGCCCAAACCGCUCGGACAACAACCCUCUGGGCUACCAGCCCUCUCCUACCAACCCGUUCACCAACUGUGACCCCUUCCCUUCGCCGGACUGUGACCCAUUCACCCUCAAAGCUGACCCCCCGAGCGGCUCAGAUACAGCUUCAUCAUUUGACCCAUUUUCAGCUCCCUUUCCCACCUCCCGCUCUGCCCCAUGCUCUGCCAACUGCUCGCCUACUUUGCCCUCAUUCCGCGUUGUGCCCUUUGACUCGCCGUUGAUUGACCUGGGCUGGGCAGCCAGCAGCAGGCCCCUGGAUGGCACCAAAGAGAAAGCUAACCCCCGCAGGAAACUGGGGCUGAAGCCCUUCAAGUCCCCAAUGCAACUCAAAGAUGACAGAUUCUAAACAUGGCCUUGCCUGUGGCUUGUGGCCGACUAUCCUAUGGUUGUUAAAACUGCGGGGUUUUUGUGGUUUUUUUUGUUUCUUUAUCAGAGGAACACAGUCCCAGGACUUUCUCACUACUAUGUCCUACGUCUUAACAAGGAUUUGGAAUCUUUUUAAAAACGCACACCCAUCUCCCAACCCACAAAGAAAGGUUUCCCUCAAUCAUUGCAGGUCUUAUUUAUAAGCUAGCCUGCUGCUUUGGAAACCAGAAAGCCAGUGAAGGGUAGUACAUUUGAUUGUGGGAUAGCUGCCUGUGAACCAAUAGCUGGCGCCCAUUUCAUUCUCCCUCUCUGUCAGUGUUUCUCUGUCCCUUUGAAGGAGCAGAACACAGAUCACGAGUCCCAUCUUCAGAUUCUAUCAGGCUGCUCAUAUCACCUGCUUUCAUCUCCACCCUACCUUUGAAGCAUUGUGACAAUGCAGAGGUGGAUAAGGCGGCUUGCACAGCUUCAUGUGCUUCUACCUCUGCAGACUGAAAGGACAAUGGGAAAAUUGGAAUGUUUUUAAUAUAUAUCUUUUCAAGGUUCCUUGAAUAAUUAAUCUGGUGCAUAGAGAAGAUUCUAUGAAUUUGGCUUAAAUUUUGCAAAUCAGCUUAACAUUGCUGUGGAAGAAACCGUUAUCUGUGUGUGCGUGUGUGUGCGUGUGCACGCAUAUAUGUCUAGACACAUUGUUCAAGGAAAGCUUACUUUUUUUUUUAAACAGCAUCUGCCUGUUGCAUUAUGGGAGAAAGCACUCAGAAAGGGUAUUCUAAGCCACUUGUGACAUCCAUGACAAAACUGUGGCCCACUCAUUCCACUUGGAAGCAGAUAACAUUCCAGUCACAUUCCCCCGGAAAUGCCAGGGAUUGAAUAGAUUCAUUUAGCUGGCAGGCGAAACAGUACAGGAAACAAAAUGGGGGAGCGCUCUGCAUUCCAUUCAUAUGCCAAAGAAUGCCACUGUGACAGUGUAAGGGCUGGGACCAAGAGUAUAUGCAAAUAAGUUGUUUUUACCUCCAUAGAAUGCCAGGCGGGUGGAGUUUACCACACUGGACAACGCAGACAGAGUUGAGACAAUCAGAUAAUAUUUAAACUCUAAUAAAAUUUCCUGUGGUUAUUUGAAACUAUCCAGACUGUCUUAUCGCCAUCAUUUGAAUUUGCAGACACUAUAGUUCAUAGGUAUAGAAGCUUUACUGAAUACUUCAUUUGUGCAGUCCACCAGAGUAGGAGUAGUCUCACAAAGCCAGCUCACAUUUUCUUCGUUGUAGAUUUAAUGAUUGACAAUUCUCUCCUUCACCUGAAUGGAUGACUUGCAUCACUCGCUUGGCUGCAAUCAAUCCUGUCUUCCAGUUGUUGAACCAGGAAAAACUGUUGUGCUUGUUCUGGAAAUGUUAGAUUUCAUUUACAGUUUCUGAAAAAUACGAACCUAAAAGGUUCUGAUUCAUGCUUCAUUUUACCCCUGUAACAUCUGAUUUUAAAGGAAUACUUUGACAUUUUGGAGAAUUCACUCUCUUGGAGAAGGUGAGAUGAGAAGAUACCACUAUCACCGCUGUCCUUUCAGUAUGACACUGGAGCCAACAGCUCGUUAUCUUAGCUUAGCAUAAAAGCUGGAAAUAUGCAGAAGCAACUAACCUGGCUUUAAAUAAAAAUCCAGAGCUUACUGAUUAACAUGUUAUUUCAUUUAUUUAAUUCAAGUUUAAUAGCAGCCCUGACAGAGCCAGGCUAGCUGUUUCCCCCUGUUUCUAGUCUGCAUGCUAAGUUAAGCUAACUGGCUACUUGCUUCAGCUUCGUAUUUACUUUACAAACACGAGAGGCAUCAGUCUUCUCAUCCAACUCUGGAAAAAAAUAAGCUCAUUUCCCAAAAUAUUGAAUAACACUCAUCAAGCACCAUCAGAUGUUUUUAGACAGUUUUUUUAACUGAUUUUGUGAGAUGUAGAAAGGCUUUGUGAGACUAGAGCAGCAGUGGACCUAAACUGUC